AUGACGUCCCGCGAAGAAACCGUCCUUGCUCCCACCGAUGGCUCCAUCACCGAUGAGAACGAUUGGUGGGAGUUCAGCCUGACGGAGGUGAAGGUCAUGAAGCCUGGGAAAAAGCACUAUGCGAAUCUACUCGAUGCCACAGAACAGAACCCUGUGCAGGUGAUCGGUAGCUUGGAACCGCUUCCUGAGACACAUGAACACUUGUUGCUCAAACCCGACAACCCUCCCAAGCGCAUUAUCAUCGACGAAGUCACACAUUAUGCCUACGGUCAAACCGAGGAUAAGAGUAUCGAGCUGUGGGUUGCUGGCAAGGCGGGUUGGUACAAUGUCAUCUCCCCGGCCAAGGGCUUCCAACCCACAUACAAUCGCAUGGUUCAGGCCAUUGACUUGCUUUAUUUCCUGGUUGACAAACACCAACAUGGCAAAAAACAACUCAAUCCUUCUUUCCGAAAUCUGUGUGAACAGUACACCUAUCAUUCAUAUGGCUCGUGUGAAACUCGAGAAGAAUCAGCUGAGGUGUUUGCGUUGCACGCCGCCUUCUUGCUGCGCUGCAUGAUACAAGGUGAUGCAGAUGUAGACUGGAUGAGGACCAGUGUUUUCGUACACUUACGACGUCAAUUUAACGACGAUUAUAAUCGACUUAUGGAGGAGCUCUUGCCCUCACCUGACGAGAGUGAAGCCAAGGAUGAACCUGAAGUCACCACCCCAAGACAUGAACCAGCUGCCGUUUCAAAGUCACAAACGGAUGCGAUCUACCGACUCAUUAGGGACCUCAAAGAAGAGGGUCAUUUGGCAAAACGUCGACUGCACCUUGACCUUCUAACCGAACGCCUGGCCGACCGCUUUUCGUUUAGUAAUGAUGACGCCCGAAAGAUCAUAGCUAUCCGGGCUAGUGAGGUGGUAGAACUGAUGGAUGAUGAAGAUGAUAUCCCUGGCUUCAAGUGGUCCCGCUAUGUGAUUCAUCGCGAGCUCACUAAUGCCGCUUCAAAGUCUGCACCUCUACCGCGUGCACUCCUCACCCCUCUUCAUUUGGCUGAUGAAUCAAGCGACGAUGAACGCUUUGGUCGAACUCAGAAAUCGGUGCUCCGCCCAAAGGUCUUUGCCGUCUCUAACAAAGCCACUGGAAAGCGAAAUCGCAUGGUCCCAAGUGUCCAGCCAGCAUCUGAAUACAGCGAUGAUGAUGAACAGGAGGACACGGAUGAGAUGGAAGACAUACAAAAUAUAGAAACACCCAGCAAAGUGCGAGGUCACGAACUGAUCCGGGAUCCACUUUCAGCCACAAAGCCUCGGGCUCGUUCCUUCCUUUCUGCGUCUUCUAGUGGCGCCGGCUCUUCUUUGAUGAAGAGUCUAUUCAAAGACAAACUCCAAACUCCUUCGAUAUCCUCAUCAACCACACACAAAGUCUCGUCCCCAGAGCCAGGGCCAACGUCAACACAAGAUACCCCACGCGGUAGCGAAGAACCCCCAACAUAUCUACCCGGUCCAUGGGCCUGUCGCAUGCCCGGCUGCACCACGGUCUUUUCAAUGCCUGACGGAGAUGAACGCAGACAACUAAUUGGAACUCACGCUGGCGAACAUGACUGGGAAACUCAAAUGAAGAUAGAGCUGAUGGAACAGGAGAAGCGCAUGCAUUCUUCUUUGCCUGUCAGUAACCUCAUGCAGUAUGUCCUCGACCAGCAUGUGCAAACAAUGCGCAGCGCUUUCCCAGAGUUCUAUACUGCACCCAAGCAAAAUGGCAUUGCCGAAGACCAGGAUGGCAUGGGUGGUGAGGAAUCAAUCCCAGAGACAGAGCAGCCUGAUCUUGAAUUUAACGAGGACGAUCAAGAUCAAGAUGAGGAAGAUGACGAGCUGGAGGAUCUUGCAAAUGGUCAUUCUUGA